AGGCGUACACCUAUACACGCCACAUUUUGGCAUUUUUGUGCUCUCAAGUCGCUCUCUCUCUCUCACUUGUAUUCGAGAUUCAGCUGUCAAAACCCUAACCAGCGCCAUAGCUUAGCGAGGUUCCCUGAUUGAGAGAGCGAGAACAAGAGAAUCGUCUCUCUCGAUUUUCUGGUUAAUCGUCGUUUUUUCUUCAGGAGUAAAGUAAGCUAUGGCGAUGUUAGGUGCACAGCAAGUUCAAACAGCAGCUUGUACUCCAGAUCUUGUUGGGAAUGCAUUUGUGCAUCAGUAUUACCACAUUUUGCAUCACUCCCCUCAGCAUGUUCACCGAUUUUACCAAGACAUUAGCAAGUUAGGCCGCCCUGAAGAUAAUAAUGGUACAAUGAGCAUCACUUCUACCUUGCAAGGUAUUGACAAGAAGAUACUGGCACUUGGAGAUGGUGUAAUCGGUGCCGAGAUUGCAACUGUUGACACACAAGAGUCUUACGGCGGUGGUUUUCUCCUACUGGUGACUGGGUAUCUGACGGGGAAAGAUGGUGUGAGGAGGACGUUUACUCAGACCUUCUUCCUUGCCCCACAGGAGAAUGGUUACUUUGUCUUGAAUGAUAUGUUCCGAUACAUUGAUGAAGCCACGAUCGUGAAUAACAUCCAAGUUCCUGUCAACGUUCACCAGGAUCCACCUGCUACUCAAGACAUUCCAGUUCAGGAGACAUAUGUCCAAGAGAAUCAUGCUGUUGAGCAGUCUGAUGUGUUGUCGAAGAGCAUUAAUGGUCCUGAAGUGUUCGCUCCUACUGAAGAAGAACAGAUUUCAAUGACGGAAGACCCUCCUGCGCCUGGAAUAGUUCACGAAGUUCCAAUUGAUGUUCAGAAGGUUGGAGAGUCUGAUUCUAGGACCGACGAAGUUCCAAAGAGAUCUUAUGCAUCCAUUGUGAUGGUUAUGAAAGAGAAUGCUGCACCGAUGUCUGCUUCGAGAACUCCAACUAAGGUAGUGGAACCAAAGAGACAAGAAGAUCAAGCCACUCAUGUCCCUCUACCAACACCGUUGUCUGAGAAAUCAGAUUCAAGAGCAAAUGUAGCUGUAAAUGGGAACGAUCAAGACAAUGAAAGAGCUCCAGGUCCAUCCAUCUAUCUAAAGGGCUUGCCCCUUGAUGCAACACCAGCUUUGCUCGAGAAUGAGUUCCAGAAGUUUGGACUUAUUAGGACCAACGGAAUUCAAGUAAGAAGCCAGAAGGGAUUCUGUUUUGGCUUUGUUGAGUUUGAAUUCGCCAGUUCCAUGCAAAGCGCAAUCGAGGCAUCACCUAUCAUACUCGGUGGGCAGAACGUAGUUGUCGAGGAAAAACGAUCGACAGCAAGAGGGAAUCAUAGAGGACGCUCAGCGUUUGGUGUAGGCGCAGGCUACAGAAACGAAGGUGGAAGGGGUCGUGGGAGCUUUGGAGGUGGAAGAGGCCGGAACGAAUUCAACGGGUAUGGUAACAACAGGGGAAACAAUAGAGGAGGAUAUGCAAACAGAGCAAAUGGUGACGGUGGUGGGUUUCCGAGACGUGUAAGACGUGGUGCUGGUGGCGGAAUAGAUGCAAACGGAGCUACAAAACCUGUGGAUGCUCCUCGCGUGUCUCUCACUGCGUAAAUUUGCGUUUCAACCCCAAAAAAAAGAGGCUCGUAUUGUUUUAGAGAGUAUAGGCUUAGAGCUGUCACUAAAAAAUAGCUAUUAUUCUCGUUUCCCUGCAUCCCCCAUUUUGUUAAUUGGAGUUACAAAUUCUAUGAAGCAGAUAAAGUUUCGGCAGCU